AAUUUUUUAACGUCGUCAGCGAAAAUCGACAUGGCAAUAUUAUCUUGCAGAUAAAUCUAUUCAUUUAAAUACGCUGUUUUAGAUUGUCCUAUUUUCUAACACGGUCCUGGAUGGCAAUUUGUCCGGAAGAAAAUUAAACUGACAUCCAUGGCUUCCACGUCGUAUAGAAUGGAUUUAGUAAGAGGCAACUUUUUAUCUGUAAACAGCAAACUAUGCAGUACGCGGGCUUGCCCUAUUUCAAUCUCUGUAAAACCCAUGUUUACUAGAUGCUGCCAUCAAGCAGGGGAGUCAGAAAAAAAGAAGAACAAGUCACUGAAAGUUGUGGGUCUUGGGAGCAAAAGAAAUGCCAUAUUGGAUUUUUGCCUGGAUUCACCUCUUCUUCAAUCAUCAUCUGUUGAAUUCUGGACUACAGGUUCAGGAAGUUCAGAAAAAGUCCAACGUUUCAGACAAAUAACAGGAAAGCCUUCGUUUCCUAUUGAAGGUGCAAUUGAGGAGGUUAUGGAUCUUCUUGUAGAAAACUCCAUGUCUUUGGGUAGUAUUAUUGUUCUUGUGGCUGGAACAGGAUUUAAUUCAGAUGAUAAAGCAGCGACUAAACUUCUAGGAGCAAUUAAAUCAAAUGGUGGAUUGGCUGUGAGCAUUAUCAUGAAGCCAUUCAGCUUUGAAGGAGAAAGGCGUAAAAACCAAGUGGAUAAGUUGAUUGUCAAGCUUGCACAAUUUUCAAACUUGAGCAUCGUGGUGGACAGCGAUGCUUUACUCAAAAGGGAAACAGUUACUCUGACAGAAGCAUUAAGGAUGGCGAAUAAUGCUGUCUUGCUGGCCAUUAUGUCUGUCUCUGCUCUUUUAUCUGAUAGUUCCAUUAAAACCCUUCAUGUCAUACCAGAUAAAAGCAAAGUGAUCGGCACUUCAGAUGUGUUGAAUAUUUUGCAACACUCUGGCAAGGCUGUAGUUGGGUUUGGAGCUGGUUAUAGUGUCAAAGCUUCAGUUGAACGAGCUGCUUUUGACUGCCCAUUUCUUAGUGGUGGUCUGGUUCAGGCAAUGAAGGAUGUAGUUAUUUGUAUAAUUGCCAGUGCAAAUAUCAUGGACAAAAAAGAUAUACAAGCUGCCAUAUGUGCGUUUCGUCAUAUCACAAAAUCUAGUGCAAAAGUUAUAUGUUCUACUGUACUUGAAAGUACUUUAGAACCUAAUGUCAUUGUUUCAACAAUCAUCAUUUCCGGGGUUCCGAGUCCUGAGGCAACUCCAAAUCUAAAUUUUUGGUCUCAAUUAUCAUUGAGAAUUCCUUUUCCGUUUGCACAAUUAUGGGGUGGCCUGAGCUCCAAAACUACUGAUAGUCAAGAAACUGUAUUGCCUAAAGAAUCUUCCUGGUUGGAAGAGACUCUGUCAAUGAGGCAAACAGCUUUGAAGAAUGAUACUCUGGAAACACAGACUGAUGAUCUUUCCUUCAGUACAGAUUAUCAAGAUGAAUCCAAAGCAUUUUCUAAUUGCAGUGAGAAUAAAAACAGUGGAUUUAAGCCCCAGCUACCUUGCAUAAAUACAAAGUCUGCUGAGAGAGUGAGUAUUCAUAGUUCUUCAGGGGUAAAUGGUGGAGCUGACAAUCAUACUGCUACAAAACAGAUAAAUUGUGUGUCUGACAAUCAAGAUGUGGUAAAAAUGGACCAACGGUUUAACUUCUUAAAAUCAUCUCAGGUAACACACAAUUUGAUGGGAGAAGAUGUUCCUGAUCUUGAUUCAGCUCAAGGAAAAUGCUCUAAUAAUGAAUCUAGUCAUAUAAAUCAUGAUGAAAAUCCAAAUACAAAUAUUGCAGCCAACAAUCAAACUAAGCAGCAUCAACUAUCAUCAUCAACUACCAGAAAUUCUAUCUUUACUCAAAAUUGUUUGAAGGAUUCAUUUUCAAAUGAUAUGGAAGGUAAUGUGAAGGGAAAUGCAUUUUCUAGCAUUACGCAAAAUGAAAGAGCUAUAAAUAUAGAUGAAUCAUCAGAUUCCCAAUACAUUGAUAAAGGACUAGGGCAUUGGAAGGAAGAUGCUCCUGGUAAAAGUAAUUGGGAGUUGCCUAUGUUGGAUAAGAACUCUAGUAUUAACAGUCAUGAUACUGAAUUUGUAGUAGGUCAUGCUGACGGAUCUGUACAUGCAGCACAAUUAAUGGAUAAGGAAGGAUUAGUUUGCUGGAAUGAAGAGUUGGACCUCUCUGUAGCAGAGGCAUGGGCUCACAUGCAAGGUGAUUUACAGAAGAAAUCAAAAGUAGAUGAUUGGAGACUUCCAAUAGGUGUGAAACUUGUUAAUGAGAAAAAUGGAAACCAUCAAGCUGCGCAAGGAAUGCAGAUAGAUGAUAGCGAAAGUAAAAUUGCCCAAGAUGCAGGUCUGUCUCCUUGGAAUGGUUUAGCUGGUGCAGGACUGAGCGCUAUGAUGGAUAUUUACCAUGCUGCUUCAGCAAUGGUGUUGGGCAAUGAUACUGAGGAUUACAGGAAACAGGGAUCACUUUCUGACAGGGCAGCCUCAAUGCUGGAAACAGAAAGAGGUUUAAAGAGGAAAUGGAGUCCAAUUGUUGAGAUGCAAUACAGAGAAGGAAUAUACAGGGGCCGUUGUCAAGGUGGUCUUCCUGAAGGAAAGGGCCGUCUUAGUUACAAGGAUGGAAGCUUUUAUGAUGGAAUUUGGAAGCAUGGCAAGAGAUGUGGCACUGGUGCAUUUUACUACUCUAGUGGGGAUAUGUUUCAAGGUUACUGGCGAGAUGAUCUGAUGCAUGGGAAGGGUUGGUUCUAUUUUAAAAAUAGUGACCGGUGGUUUGCUGACUUUUGGAAGGGAAAAGCAAAUGGUGAAGGACGAUACUAUUCAAAAGAUGGCGAUGUUUUCUUUGGCCACUUUGAGAACAAUUGGCGACAUGGUAAAGGACUCUACAUAGAACCAAAUGGAACCAGGUGGUCUGAAAUAUGGGAACAAGGGAUACUUGUACACCGUGCACCCUUAGAAUCAAAAGGAAGAUCCACAUAGCAAUAGAAUCUACAGCUUCUAAGUUUUUCAUUUUCAUUAAAGUGGAGAAAUUCAUUUACAGAAACUGCAUCUUGACCUUAUGGCGACCUAUAUAUGCAAGUUCAAAUUCUAUUUAUUUCAGUCAUCGUGGCUUUUCAAAUUACUGGAGAGCUACACACUUCUUGAAACGUUCCAUGCAUGGAAUAAUCUUUAGAUUGGUUGGAGGAGACUACAGCAUCUAGUGACGAAACUUAAGUUAUAUCAUAGCAUUUUUUUUUUCUGGAAUUGGAUUUUUUCGUUUUGCAAAAAUCCACAUUUUAUACCUAGUGUAUAUAAACUGUCUGUGGUUCACUCUUGCCCAUCAAUUGCAUGUCCAACGUUUGAAGUUUCAUUAAUAUUAUGCACAUGUGGUCCUUUGUUAACACAUAGCUGCAUCUAGUAUAACUUGAGUGGUCGUUUUGGUAAUGUCUAAUUGCUUUUAACCAAUUAUCCACGAUUUCCAUAAAAUACCAUAUUAGAUAUGUACAUGCGAUUCUUUGUUAAUGUGUAACCGCAUCUAGUUUAAUUUGA